UCCUUCACAGUCUUAGUCUUCUCUGUAUUUGGAAACAAAAAAUAAAACUUUGGCUAUGGUGUGUUACUUGUUUGACUGGGGUAUGGACUUUAUGUUUUAUGCUGUGGCUUGCAUUAGAUACCAAUUUGGGUAAAGUAUUUGGAUUACUUCUUCUUUGAUUUUGUUUGAGAUGUUGGUGAAGAUGGUUCUGAGUAGCCGAAUUUUCAUUGCUAGUGUUGUUGUUAGUUUGUUUCUGCUGAUUAAUUGUGGCAUGACCUAUGGGACUGAGACUGAUAUCUUCUGCUUGAAAAAUGUGAAGAAUUCACUUCAAGACCCCUACAAUUAUUUGCAAUCAUGGGAUUUCAACAACAAAACAGAAGGAUAUAUAUGCAAAUUUACUGGGGUAGAAUGUUGGCAUCCUGAUGAAAAUAGAGUCUUAAAUCUCAAACUGUCAAACAUGGGACUAAAGGGACAGUUUCCUCGCAGCAUUCAGAAUUGCUCAAGCUUGACAGGAUUAGAUCUUUCAAUUAACAGACUCUCUCAAACCAUUCCACAAGAUAUAUCUACCCUUCUUAAGUUUGUGACAACUCUUGAUCUAUCAUCAAAUGAUUUUACUGGGGAUAUCCCUUUGUCCCUUGCAAACUGUACUUAUCUUAAUAGUCUUAAACUUGAUCAAAACCAACUCACAGGUCAUAUUCCUGCUGAAUUGGCUUUGCUCCAAAGGCUUAAGUCAUUUAGUGUCUCCAACAAUCUUUUGACAGGGCAAGUUCCAGCCUUUAGAAAUGGUAUUGUUACAGCAGACAGUUAUGCAAAUAAUUCAGGCCUCUGUGGUGUCCCCUUGGAGCAAUGCCAGGCCAUAGCUUCCAAGACUAACACUGCAGUUAUAGCUGGAGCAGCUGUUGGUGGUGUCACUGCUGCAGCAUUAGGAUUGGGUAUUGGAUUGUUCUUCUAUGUGCGGCGCAUGUCUUAUAAGAAAAAGGAAGAGGACCCUGAAGGAAACAAGUGGGCAAGAAGUCUUAAGGGAACCAAAGCAAUAAAGGUUUCUAUGUUUGAGAAGUCAAUUUCAAAAAUGAACUUGAAGGAUCUCAUGAAGGCUACUAGUAACUUCAGUAAAAGCAAUAUUAUUGGGUCUGGAAGAUCAGGAACUAUUUACAAAGCUGUCCUUCAUGACGGCACAUCGCUCAUGGUCAAGAGAUUGCAGGAAUCUCAACAACACACAGAGAAAGAAUUUCUGUCUGAGAUGGGAACGCUAGGGACUGUCAGACAUCGUAACUUGGUUCCCCUUUUAGGUUUUUGCAUGGCCAAAAAGGAGAGGCUUCUGGUCUAUAAAAAUAUGCCAAAUGGUACCCUACAUGAUCAACUACAUCCUGCUGAUGGUGGGAGCACCAUGGACUGGUCUCUAAGGCUCAAAGUUGCAAUUGGAGCAGCAAGAGGAUUAGCAUGGCUUCAUCAUAGCUGCAAUCCCCGCAUCAUCCACCGAAACAUAAGCUCUAAAUGCAUCCUGUUGGACGUAGAUUUUGAGCCCAGAAUUUCUGAUUUUGGCCUUGCUAGAUUGAUGAACCCAAUUGAUACACAUUUGAGUACUUUUGUGAAUGGGGAGUUUGGGGAUUUAGGUUAUGUUGCUCCUGAGUAUGCAAAAACUUUGAUGGCUACACCUAAAGGGGAUGUUUAUAGCUUUGGGACUGUGCUUCUUGAGUUGGUGACAGGUGAAAGACCUACCCAUGUGGCUAAAGCUCCGGAAACUUUUAAAGGAAAUUUGGUAGAAUGGAUUACACAGUUCUCUAGCAAUUCAAAACUUCAGGAUGCCAUUGAUGAAUCACUAGUUGGGAAGGGUGUUGAUCAUGAGCUUUUCCAAUUUCUAAAGGUUGCAUGCAACUGUGUUACAGAAACUCCAAAGGAGAGGCCCACUAUGUUUGAAGUAUACCAGCUUCUAAGAGCUAUUGGGAGUAGAUAUAAUUUCACAAUUGAGGAUGAGAUUAUGAUGCCUACAGAUACUGGUGAUACUGAUAACUUAGAAGAACUUAUUGUAGCUCGAGAGCAAACUGGUUGAAAAGGUAUAUCAGAUAUAAUAGGUUAUGUAAUCAAUUUUAAUAUGUAAGUAUCUCUUACCUUAUGGUCCUAAAAUAAAUGUUAGUGUUAUAUAUAGGUUUUGUGGUCCAGAUCCAGUUGUGUGCGAUCAAUAUUGAAACAUCAAUUUAAUAUCAUCAAUGAUGGAUGCCCAUUAUAUAUA